AUGGUGGUGUUUCACGACGAGGUGGAGAUCAAGGACUUUCAAUAUGGCAAGGACUCAGAAACUUAUUUCUACCCCUGUCCCUGUUGGGACAACUUCUCAAUCACCAAGGAUCAGUUUAUGUGUGGAGAAACAGUCCCAGCGCCUUCAACCAACAAAGAGUUAAAUGCUGAAGAAGCCCUCAGGAACCCAAAUCCUGAGCAGCAGGAAAUGAGCCCAGGUGGAUGGAUCAGGUGCUGA